AAUUCGACUCGCUAUCCAACACCACAGCGAAUUAUCCCCAGUCGCAAUCAUGCCUAUCAAGGUUGUCUUGGGAGCCCAAUGGGGCGAUGAAGGAAAGGGCAAAUUGACCGACAUUCUCGCGCCCGAGGCUCAGCUCUGCGCGAGAGCUGCCGGAGGCCAUAACGCAGGUCACUCCAUUGUCGCCAACGGUGUUGCGUACAGCUUUCACCUGCUCCCUUCCGGUCUCAUCAACCCGAACUGCAUGAACUUCAUCGGUUCCGACGUCGUCUUCCACGUCCCUUCGUUUUUCUCAGAAUUGAAGCAGCUUGACGAGAAAGGACUCCCUAAUGUCUACGAUCGGAUUCUCGUGUCUGACAGAGUUCAUAUCAACUUUGACCUUCACGCUGCUGUCGAUGGUCUCGAGGAGAUCGAGCUAGGAGAGCGCAAGAUCGGCACCACUGGCCGCGGAAUUAUAACUAACUUUACUGUGAACGGACCAUCAUACAGUACCAAGGCGGCUAGAAGUGGAAUCCGUUUGGCCGACAUGUUCGACCAAGAACUCUUCGAAGCCAAACUGCGUCGACUAGCACAUGGCUACAAGGCCCGAUACGGUGAUCUGCUCAAGUACGAUGUCGAGGAAGAGAUUGAGAGAUUCCGAGGAUACCGUACGGAGCUCGCAAAGUACGCCGUUGAUGGCUUGACCUUUAUGUAUUCUGCACAAACGAGCAACUCGAACAUCAUUAUUGAGGGUGCAAAUGCCGUAAUGCUCGACAUUUCGAUGGGAUCAUACCCUUAUGUCACUUCAUCCAACACCACAAUUUCUGGCAUCAUCGCCGGCUUGAACCUCAACCCUAAGGGCAUUACAGAGACCAUCGGAGUGGUAAAAGCCUACACCACACGUGUUGGCGCUGGCGCUUUCAUGACAGAAGAUCUCGGAGAGGUUGGAACGAAACUCCAGGAGAUUGGCCGAGAAUGGGGAACAUCCACCGGCCGAAGACGUCGCUAUCUCGUUGUUGUGAAGCAUGGUCACAUGAUCAACUACUACACGGCGUUGAACUUGACGAAGCUCGAUGUACUCGAUACCUUCGAGACAAUCAAGAUAGCCAUUGCCUACAAGGAUAAGAGCACAGGCAAGGAGCUUGACUUUUAUCCGGCGGACCACAACAUUCUAGACAACGCCGAAGUCGUUUACCACGAAAUGCCUGGGUGGAAGAAGUCGACGAUCAACGCCCGGACAUACUCUGAUCUUCCCAAGGAGGCCCAAGAUUAUGUCGAGUACAUUGAGAAGUUCGUUGGAGUCAAGGUAAAAUGGAUCGGCACUGGUCCUGACCGUGAAGCUAUGAUCGCGCGUAACUAGGUGAUCUAGUGACGUGCUUUAUGCUUGUUACCGGCGAUGAAGCGCCCUUUGAAAGCUUUUAUGCGCAUCAAGCGCUUGAAGCCCCUAGCCGAAGCACUGUGAUCAGUGUAUAUAGAGAACUGGUAGCAUACAACCCAAUAGAUGGAUAUUUAGGCUCCUGUU